UAUUUCCUGAUAAAAUAUGUUUAUACUCCACUAAAAUCUAUUUCUCUUUAAUGUACUUUUUGUUUUAUUUGUAAAUCUUGUGCAAUAAAUUUCGAGUAGUCAUUGAGGUUAGGUUUCAAGUGUUUAAAAAAUAGUAUAGUAUUUUUCAAUGAAUAGUGAAAAGAGAAAUGCCCGGGGUCGUGGGCGAGGCCGUGGGCGCGGACGGGGAAGAGGCCGAGGUCGCGGCAGGGGCAAAAAAGUCCCAAAAGUCAUGUCUUCUGAUGAAGAAGAAUGUUCCCUAGAAGAGUCGUCUCAAGAGCAAGAAGACACUAUUGUUGAGGAAGUUAAAGAGGAAGAACCUGAACAGAUUGAACCUCCAAAAUUGGAAGUCCCAUCAGACAUAUCACAAUUAGAAGCACCAGUGUUCACAACGCUGCAGCGAGGUCCCCCAGAACCCAUGCUUCGGUUGGACUGGAGCCAUCGAGCCACACUCAUCGGGGAGAAAGUCCUCAACCCCAUGAUUUACUGCUGCGAUAUCUGCUCUAAACCUAUUCUUAUUUAUGGUAGAAUGAUACCAUGUAAGCAUGUUUUCUGCCUUUCCUGUGCCCGUGCGGAACACACACACUGCCCCAGAUGUAGGGAGAAAGUGUUACGAGUAGAACAGACCGGCCUAGGAACAGUUUUCAUGUGCACACACUCUGGCACCAGAUACGGAAACACUGGUUGCAGACGGACUUAUUUAUCACAGAGAGACCUCCAAGCCCACAUAAACCACAGGCACGUCUCACAAGGCGGUAGUGAUAUCAAACCUGAACCAGAGCCACAGUCCACUUCUGUAGCUGUUGUCAAACCCCUUGCUAUGCCGUCGGCGGCGGACCCGCGCGGGCACGGGCACGGCGCUGCGCACGCGGCGGCGCUGGCGCUGGCGGCGCUGGGCGCGCCCCCCGAGCGCCGCGCCGCGCGCACCAACCUCAUCACCGUGCCCAUCCAGGACCAGGCCGACGCGCACGCCUACUACAACUACUACCCCCCACCGCAGCCAGUCCCCCCACCGGUGGUCUCGUCAGUACCAGUGGUGGGCCACACAAUGUCGGUCCCGCCGCCGUACUAUUCGGCGCCACCGUACCCAGCGCCAACCGCGCAACACCCUCCUCAGCACUACGUCUCGCAGCCAGCGCCUACAAUGAGCACAAGCGUGGGCGUGACGCCGAUGCCGACCGCGGUCCCUCUGGGCGCCGCGCCGCUGGGCGAGCCCACGCGCUGGCCCGACGGCGGCUACGGCGGGGCCAGUGUUCCGCAGUGGCAGCCCCCGCAACAACACCACUACUACCGGUAGCGCUUUGACGUCGUGCGGCUCCAACCCCCCCGCGCGGCUCCCGUACCCCCCAUUCGCUCCCUUCUGCCCCGCAGUGUUUACGAGGAAGAACUCGAGGUUCUAGAGUGCGACGAGUACGGAAACGAAUAUUGCGUUCAACAUUAUUUGAAUUUUGAAGUGAGACGAGGUUAAUUUGUGAUCGCUCGACUGUUUGACGCUUGAACUGUUUUAAAUACGAGACUGCUAUAUUUGUGGACAAUUCUAAAUUUUAAUUUUAGAUGUGUCAAUGUCUAUAAAACUGCAGCUACAUUCAUAUUAUCAAUGUUGAAAUUGGUUAUAAUUGUAAGUUUUCUGAGCGUAUUCAAUGUCUGUUUAAUAAAUAGUCGAUGUGCAAUUACAAGAUGUACUUAUGAAGUCUCAAAAAUAUACAAAUUAUAUCAAAUGUAACAAUAUUGUUUUCUACGUCCCUCAAUAAAAAAUUAAC